AUGGCGCUGUGGCGCGGCUCUGCGUACGUGGGUUUCCUGGCGUUGGCAGUGGGCUGUGUCUUCCUGUUGGAGCCGCAGCUGCCCCACUCGGCGCUUCACUCCCUUUGGAGCGCGCUGCAGCCUGGGCCCACGUACCCCGGACCCGUCUCCCCAGAGGGCCGGUUGGCCGCCGCUUGGGACGCACUCAUCGUGCGGCCGGCCCAGCGCUGGCGCCGCGUGGCCGUGGGAGUCAAUGCAUGUGUGGAUGUGGUGCUCUCAGGGGUGAAGCUUUUGCAGGCACUUGGCCUGAAUCCUGGGGAUGGGAAAGAUCACUCCAUCCUGCACUCAAGGAAUGAUCUGAAAGAAGCCUUCACUCACUUCAUGGGGAAGGGAGCAGCUGCAGAGCGCUUCUUCGGCGAUAAGGAAACUUUCCAUGAUGUUGCCCAGGUUGCAUCGAAGUUCCCAGGAGCCCAGCACUAUGUAGGAGGAAAUGCAGCUUUAAUUGGACAGAAAUUUGCAGCCAACUCAGAUCUAAAGGUUCUUCUUUGUGGUCCAGUUGGUCCAAAACUGCAUGAACUUCUUGAUGACAAUGUAUUUGUUCCUCCAGAGUCACUGCAAGAAGUGGAUGAGUUCCACCUAAUUUUAGAGUAUCAAGCAGGGGAGGAGUGGGGCCAGUUAAAAGCUCCUCAUGCCAACCGAUUCAUCUUAUCCCACGACCUUUCCAACGGGGCUAUGAAUAUGCUGGAGGUGUUUGUGUCUAGCCUGGAGGAGUUUCAGCCAGACCUGGUGGUCCUCUCUGGAUUGCACAUGAUGGAGGGACAAAGCAAGGAGUUCCAGAGAAAGAGACUCUUGGAGGUUGUGACCUCCAUUUCUGACAUCCCCGUUGGUAUUCCAAUUCACCUAGAGCUGGCCAGUAUGACCAAUAGGGAGCUCAUGAGCAGCAUUAUGCAUCAGCAGGUCUUCCAUGCGGUGACUUCCCUUGGGCUGAAUGAACAGGAGCUGUUAUUUCUUAGCCAGUCAGCAGCUGGACCUCACUCUUCCCUCUCUUCUUGGAGCGGUGUUCCUGAUGUGGGCAUGGUCAGUGACAUCCUAUUUUGGAUCUUGAAGGAACACGGGAAGAGUAAAAGCAGAGCCUCAGACCUCACCAGGAUCCAUUUCCACACGCUGGUCUACCACAUCUUAGCAACUGUAGAUGGACAGUGGGCCAACCAGUUGGCAGCCGUGGCUGCAGGAGCUCGUGUGGCUGGGAUACAAGCCUGUGCUACAGAAACCAUAGAUACCAGCCGAGUGUCCCUGAGAGCACCACAUGAGUUUCUGACUUCCCAUUCAGAGGUAGGUUCUAGGGUCAUAUUCAACCCCGAUGAGCCAGUGAUAGAAUGGCACAGGGAGGGGGUGUCCUUCCACUUCACACCCGUAUUGGUAUGUAAAGAUCCUAUCCGCACUGUGGGCCUUGGAGAUGCCAUUUCAACUGAAGGUCUCUUAUAUUCAGAAGUACACCCUCGCUAUUAG